AUAACAUUGUAAGCUUUCGGAAGAGAGAUCGAUCAUCAAGAUUUCAGCAAGUGUAUCUGUGAUAUUCUAACGAAGUUUAUAUAAUAUUUGUUUUGUAUUAAAAGAUUUUCCAACAUAAUGGAAAUAAUAAACUUAACUGCACUUGAAUGGAAAGAAAAAGGCAAUGAGGAAUUCAAUAAAGGAAAUUGGUCAGAAGCUUUAAGUUGUUAUACAAAUGCACUAAAACUUACAAAUGAAGAUAAUUCUCAAAAAUCCAUAUAUUAUAAGAAUCGUGCUGCUACAUAUUUGAAACGAGAAGAAUAUAACAAAGCAAUUGCAGAUUGUGAUGAAGCUCUUAAAAUAUGUCCAAAUGAUCCAAAAGCAUUAUUUCGAAGGUGUCAAGCAUUAGAAGCAUUAGAAAGAUUUGAAGAAGCCUACCGUGAUGCAAGAUAUAUUUUAUCUGUAGAUCCUGGUAAUAAAGCAAUUCAACCUAUUGCUGCAAGGCUGCAUGAAAUUGUACAAGAAAGGUAUAAACAGAAUAAUCGUAUCAGUGCCAAGGUAUCACAAAUGAUGGAUAUAGCAUUUGACUUGAAAGGAACUAAUGAAAAGCGAGAAACAGCAAUGAAUAAUUUACUUGUUCUUGCUCGGGAAAGAGCAGGAGCAGAAAUAAUGUAUAAUGAUGGAAUUAUUAACAAAAUAACACAAACACUUAAGCUUGAGAAAAAUGAAGAAAUAAUAACAAUUGCUAUUAGAAUCAUUGCAGAAUUAUGUAAAGAUAAUAUUAGUCGAACUGAAAGUGUUUUGAAGAAUAUUGGUAUACCUUGGUGUUUAGAAAUGAUUAAUAGUCAAAUUACAGAAAGAGUAAAUGCUGCUCAGUAUUACUUACAGACUGUACUUAAUACAUAUAGUGGAAUGGAUAACAAACCAGACUCUAAACCAAACAAGGAAUUAUGUGAUAAACACAAUAAGGAGAUUGAUACUAUUUUAUCUUGUUUAUUGUACAGUGUUACAAACAGAACAAUUUCUGGAUUAGCUAGAGAUGCAAUUAUAGAACUUAUUAUGCGCAACAUUCAUUACACUGCAUUAAAUUGGGCAGAACGAUUAGUUGAACUUCAUGGUUUACAACGUUUAAUGGAAGUAGCAAGUGAACUUGAAGAAUAUAAGUAUGAAUCUGCAAUGAAUAUUACACCAUCUACUAGAACUGUAACAAGUGUGUGUCUGGCAAGAAUUUAUGAAAAUAUGUACUAUGAUGCAGCAAAAGAGAAGUUUAGAAAUGCUAUUGAUGAAUUUAUUAAGGAUAAAUUACUUUCACCAGAUUUAGAAUCCAAAGUUCGCGUUGUAGUUGCAAUAACAACUUUGUUACUUGGUCCAUUGGAUGUUGGAAAUACAGUAAUUGCUAAAGAAGGUAUUUUAGAAAUGAUACUUGUUAUGGCAGGUACAGAUGAUAUAUUGCAACAAAAAGUUGCCUGUGAAUGUAUUGUUGCUGCUGCAUCUAAAAAAGACAAAGCUACUGCAAUUAUUAAUCAAGGCGUGGAUAUAUUGAAGAAAUUGUAUCAAUCUAAAGAUGAUUCCAUUAAAGUGCGUGCUUUAGUAGGAUUGUGUAAAUUAGGUAGUUCAGGUGGUUCAGAUGCCACAAUAAGGCCAUUUGCUGAUGGAGCAACAAAGAAAUUAGCUGAAGCUUGUAGAAGAUUCUUAAUUAAUCCUAAAAAACAAAAGGAUAUGAGAAAAUGGGCUGUAGAAGGUUUGUCAUAUCUUACUUUUGAUGCUGAAGUAAAAGAAAAAUUAAUUGAAGAUGGUGAAGCAAUUCAAGCAAUGAUAGAACUUGCUAAAACUGGAGAUCAAUCUGUUAUUUAUGGUGUUGUUACUACAUUAGUAAAUUUAUGUAAUGCUUACGACAAACAAGAACUUAUACCAGAAAUGAUUGAAUUGGCGAAAUUUGCAAAACAUCAUAUACCAGAAGAACAUGAACUUGAUGAUGUAGAUUUUGUAAACAAAAGAAUAAUUGCUCUAGCUAAAGCUGGUAUAACAAGCGCAUUAGUUGCACUCUCUAAAACAGAAAGCCAAAAUAGUAAAGAACUAAUAGCGCGUGUCUUCAAUGCAAUUUGUAGUCAACCAGAUGUACGAGGAAUUGUUGUUCAACAAGGUGGAGCAAAAGCACUUUUACCAUUAGCUUUAGAUGGAACAGAUAAAGGAAAGAAACAAGCAUCACAAGCUCUUGCGCGUUUAGGCAUUUCAAUACAUCCAGAAGUUGCGUUUCCUGGACAAAGAAUAAUGGAAGUAGUUCGGCCAUUUAUAAAUCUUUUAAAUCCAGACUGUUCUGCACUUGAAAACUUUGAAGCUUUAAUGGCUUUAUGCAACUUAGCCGGUAUGAACGAUAGUAUUAGAAAACGAAUUUUGAAAGAAGGAGGCUUCCAAAAAAUUGAAGCUUACAUGUAUGAAGAUCAUGAAAUGCUGAAACGGGCAUCUACACAAGUUAUAAACAAUUUAAUAAUGUGUGAAGAUACUAUAAAGUACUAUGAACAAGAAAACGAUAGAGUUAAAUACCUGGUCAUCCUUUGUGAAGAUGAGGAUAUAGAUACAAGUAUGGCAGCAGCAGGAGCUUUAGCAAUGUUAACAUCAGUUAGCGUAAAAUCUUGUAUUAAAAUAUUUGAUUCAAAGGAUUGGUUGGAAUCAUUACACUAUUUACUUGCUAAUCCAAAUUCUGACUUACAACAUAGAGGAAUUAUAAUUGUUUUAAAUAUGAUAAAAAGUACAAAAGAAGUUGCAACCAGACUAAUUGAAACAGAUGUAAUGGAAAUUCUAAUGGCUUUAACAAAGAGUGAUACAGUGGAAAAUAAAAAGAUAAAAGAACUUGCAGCUACAGCAUUAGAAGCUGCAGCAGGAUGGAAACUUAUCAGAAAAAAUGCAAAUGAAGAACAAAUAUCACAAAAUAUAAAUACUAUCGAAAAUGUCGAAUAAAUAUCUACAAUAUACAUUUAAUAUAGUUUUUCAUAAU